AUGCGUGAUUAAAAUGAUUAUAAUUAACAAUUAAACUGGUCUUUUGAAUGACUCACACCCUUUUUGGUGUCAAAAUACACUUUCAGUUUCACUUUUACCUUUAAACUUUGAAAUUGAAAAUAUUUUCAUCAUUUGAUAUAAACAAAUUAAUUAAAUGACUAAUCAGUAAAUUAUCAUGAUCCAGUCCAUGAUUAUGAUGAUGACCUGAGCCAAUCUGAUCAGGUUUUCUUGUUAUUGUGAGUUUCAACUCCCACCUCAAUCUCCUCACUCUCAAUAUAUUGAGACGAAAGCUUCAUGAAUAUCACUUGAUAAUAACUUCCAACUAAAACAACAUUGAUCAUCUUAAUUUCUGUGAGUUUUAAAAACUAUUUACGCCGCGAUUUAAAUUGUUACUUUCUGAUUGUUAUCUGAAUCAUGAAUUUCCUGGUAAAUGCUGCUUUUCAUGAUGGUAAUUCUGGACUGAUCAGACCUGAGACUGAGGAUGAACGUCAAUCGUUUAAACUUGAAGAGUUGAAGCAACAAUUUAAUCUAGAAACGAUUACACAAAGUAAUCAAUAUGAUCCUCGAGAUAUUAAAUUGCUCGCUAAUAGUGAUUUGGGUUUAACUUUAUUUCUCGAAUCAAAUGAUUGGAAAGUUAAUUCAGCUCUUGAAUCAUUGAAGCUUCAUUGUUCAUGGCGACGGGAAAAUGGAAUCCUUGAUCUGACAAUUGAUUCAAUUCCUCGGGAAAUUCAUUCAACUAAACUUUUCAUGUCCAACGGGCUAUUUGACAAUUCAGGCCAUCCCUUGUUUUUCAUUCAACUGUCCGUUAAUCCGGGACCAAAGGAAUUGCAUCCAUUGGUAAUUCAACAUUUCCUUUGGUCAUGUGAAACCAUUAGAAACUCAGUUAUCAAGUGUGGUAAACGAUUAGCAAUCAUAUUUGAUUGUCGAGGAGCUCAGGUUGAUAUCACCCUGUUGAAGGAGAUACUGGACAUUUACACCCGCAAGUAUCCACCUUCAGCUGAAUACAUCGCUUUCCUCGAUAUGUCAUUUGGAUUCAAAAUGAUUCUUCAGGUGAUUAAAUACUUUUUCCCCAAAUAUUUGUGGAAGAAAAUGAUUUUCAUCGAUCGACCGACCUUAUAUUCAAUGGUCAAUCCCGAGAAUCGCCCUGAUUAUCUGGAUGGUCUCGUGUCACCUUCAACCGAUGAUCGACUGACCUCUUGUCCGAGUUUAGCUGAUUAUGUCAAGUCUCAUUCCAUUGAUGAAAAAGUUUAUGAGAAGAUGAAAAAUCAUCUCACCAGAUAUUCAACAAUUUACUAAUUGCUACACAUGAUAAAUAUGUUAAUUUGGUUCCUCUUAAUAGUUUGAUUAAUAUUGAUUAUCAAUCAACUUUGUAACAGUUAUUUAUUCAUCUAUUGUAUAAUUUAUUUGAUAUUAAACGUUAAUCAUGUUUACAAUUUAAUGUUGAUUGAA